AUGGCGAUUGGGCGCUUCCGGGGCGAUGCCGGGGGCACGGCGGAUGGCCGCCGGAGGAUCGGAGGCCGGAGGAAGAGAAUUCGGAGGGACGUUGUCGCGUGCGACGAAAAAGCACUGCGCCGGCUGGAAUCGGCAGUUAUGCGCGCACUGGCGCAAAGAGUAAGCGUGCGCGCAGUAGAAAUCGAUGCUAGAUGGAUGAAUUUGGCAUCGUGUGGCGGUGAAAUCGAUGGUUUGCGAGGCGUGCGGCUGGAGGCUGGUGGUGAGUUUUGA